CCACCCUUCACCACGCUACCUUCCAGAAUCCUAUAAAACCAAAAAACCUCUUCGCCGUGGUCCUCAUAAAAUCCAAUUAUUUUUCUAUUUUAAUUCCUUUUUUCUCUCCAUUUUUAUCCAUCUCUUUCAUUAUUUUAUUUUAUUUAUUUCUCUCUCAAAUUUCUCAUUUUUCAUUUUCAAAGAGAGAUUUAUUAUUCCAAAAAUUAAAAGGAAAAAAAAUGGAAAAUCUGAGCCUCACAGGUUUGUUGAAAAGGACGGCUUCGGAAUUCUCCGACCGGCGAGCUAUUUCAGCUUCCGGCAAGUUCGAUUUGACACACGCGCAAUUGCAGGAGAUUGUGGAUCACGCCGCUUCUCUUUUAAUCGCUUCCGGUAUCGGUCACGGCGAUGUAGUCGCUCUCACCUUCCCCAACUCCGUCGAGUUUGUAGUGAUGUUUCUGGCUGUGAUCAGAUGUAGAGCCACAGCGGCACCGUUGAACGCGGCUUACACGGCCGAGGAGUUCGAGUUCUAUAUCUCCGAUUCCGAAUCCAAGCUUCUCAUUACGUCUCAGGAUGGCGUUCACUCGGCUGUAACCGCCGCUUCCAAGCUCGGCAUUCCUCACGUGACCGCCACGCUCUCUGUCGAAGCCGAUACGACUCGUCGUAUCCAGCUCUCUUCUUCUUCUUCUUCGACGGUUGUCGUUGCUUCUGCUGGAGACUCGAGCCUCGACUCGGUUUCCAAACUCGUCAAUGACCCGUCCGACGUGGCACUCUUCCUCCACACCUCUGGCACCACGAGUCGUCCUAAAGGAGUGCCUCUGACUCAGCUCAAUUUGGCGUCUUCCGUCUUGAACAUUAAAUCGGUUUACAAACUCACUGAAUCGGACUCAACUGUAAUCGUCCUCCCUUUGUUUCACGUCCAUGGAUUGAUCGCCGGUUUACUGAGUUCACUCGUCGCUGGAGCCGCGGUGGCUCUCCCAGCCGCCGGACGAUUCUCGGCUUCGACGUUUUGGUCUGACAUGUUCAAUUACAACGCCACUUGGUACACCGCCGUCCCUACGAUUCAUCAGAUCAUUCUCGAUCGCCAUCUCACCAAGCCCGAGCCGGCUUACCCCAAACUGCGCUUUAUCCGGAGCUGCAGUGCCUCGCUGGCACCAUCCAUACUAGCUCGGCUAGAGGAGUCAUUCGGCGCGCCGGUCCUGGAGGCUUACGCGAUGACCGAGGCAUCUCAUCUCAUGGCUUCGAACCCGUUACCCGAAGAUGGCGAUCACAAACCCGGGUCGGUUGGGAAACCCGUGGGUCAAGAAAUGGCGAUACUGGACGUAAACGGUGUCGUUCAGCAGCCGAAAGUUAAUGGUGAGGUGUGUAUUAGAGGUCCAAAUGUGACAAAAGGUUACAAGAACAACCCGGAAGCUAACAAGGCAGCAUUCCAAUUCGGGUGGUUCCACACCGGGGACGUCGGUUUUUUUGACGAAGAUGGGUAUUUGCAUCUUGUGGGUCGGAUCAAGGAGCUCAUUAAUCGUGGAGGGGAGAAGAUAUCACCAAUUGAGGUAGACGCGGUGCUUUUAUCUCAUCCUGAUAUUGCUCAGGCAGUGGCUUUUGGAGUCCCUGAUGAUAAGUAUGGCGAAGAGAUUAACUGUGCCAUAAUUCCAAGGGAAGAGGUAAACAUAGACGAGGCAGAGGUGCUGAGAUUUUGCAAGCAAAACCUCGCUUCUUUCAAGGUUCCCAAGAAGGUUUUCAUCACUGACUCUUUACCGAAAACUGCGACCGGGAAAAUCCAACGUCGGAUUGUGGCGGAGCAUUUCCUUGCUCAAAUCUCCACUGCCAAAGUUCCAAAGUUUGGUGCUUAAUCUACUUUUCAGUGACUCAUUUUGUUUGCCCACAUAUUUCUAUUGAUUUACUGAAAUGAAACAUUGAUGAUUAAGCAAUUCCAUAGUUCCAAAAUUUUCUAGCAUUUCCUCAUUUCCCUCCAUUUUCAAACUUGAUAUUAAAUGUAGCAUUUUUCACUGGUUGCUCGAGUGGAUUACAAGAAGAAAUGUUAAUAGUUUGUUAAAUAAGAGAAAUUAAUGAAACAAAAGCUUAUUCUCAUUGUCAUUGUGAUUUUUUUUUUUUUUUUUGGCCCUUUUUGGCUAAUCGACAUCAGUGACAUAUUCGUCCUUGGAACAAUAGGGAUUGAGAUCUUGAUUUUAUUCGUCUGAUGUACAUGAUACACAAACUUCACAAACGAUUCAAGAGAUGCUGACUAGACUCAAUAAAAUAAGCCUUGAUCUAGUCACUCUUAUGCUACCUUGUUCUUUCAUGAUUCUUUUCGAUCAUUUUUUUUUUUUUCUUGGGUGGGGCAACUAUAAUUUUUCUACAUCAUGAUUAUUAUAUUUCCUGAAAACAUUCCAGUGAUACAGUAACCUUUCAAAAAAAAACAAAAUAAAAAUAAAAAAACAAAAAAACAAAGCGGAUCAAGAGUCAUCAUCAAGUUUCAUGAUUUGUCUUUGAUUAAUAAUCAUGUAUAAAUCUACGGUUUUGGAAGAUGACUGUAGAGCAACCAAAACAAUGUGCUACUGUAUAUAUGCUUAAAGUUUAUUUGGAGGACCACCUUUACUAAGACGCGCCCAACUGGUAUGUAAGUGUGAACCUUUUCAAGGCACUUUAAUAUUGAUGAUUGGAUUUAGAAAAUAUACUCAAAAAUUGCAUUGGAUAUAGUUAUCCCUCCGCACAUUUAGAAGGCAAUUUGCUUAGGACCUUAACUACAUGACCAUGAACCUUGAGGCUCUAAGAACUACCCUACUAGACAGCCAAUUGCCAUUUCAUGGAUUUUACAGAAGACCAUUUGUGCAAUGAAACGUGAAGGCAUUUGAUUGCUUUCGAUGAGUAUUUAUGGCUCACUUGACCAAUGCACAAGUAACAGGAACAAACUGUUCUACGGAAUCCAGACUCAACUUUUUUCUAUUGACUAGUUUGAUCUUUCUUUUGGCUCUUGGGUAUACUCAAGGGUCAAUUUAAGUUUGGUGUAUAACUUUGGACCUUUUUCCAUAAUUGUACCUUCUUUCAAAAGAUUAAAAGACGUUACAAUUUUUUCAAAGGCAAUGAUACACAUUUUUUUUUUUUUUUAAUAAUCCCUGUGUUUGAUUUGAUGAUUCUAGGCUGUGGUAAACCACAAUGGAAAAAUUGCCACAUAUGAUGUCAUUAUUAAUGCUCGAAUCCAAGUCAUCACCGAUUCAGCUUGUCUUGCCUGCCUGCCAAAGCAUGUCACGUUUUAUUGAUUUUGUGAUAUUGAAAUAAGGAAGUACCAAACAAGGGACCAAAAAAAAAUUAAAAAAAAAAAAAAAAAAAAAAAGGAAACUCAAUCCGUAUGCUGCUUUGCUGUACUUUCCUAAACAAAGAGCGUGUCACAUUGCCGUUGGCAAUCGUGUAUAGCAAACAAAGGCUUUUUUUGAGGUGUCAGAAUUUCAGGAAAUCCCACAUCCAUAAUUUAGGAAAAACGCUAAGCAAGUUAGAGCUAUAAAAGGAGAAGGGAACGAAUGGUCAAAGCAUACCUUUCUCGGCCUUUUGGCUAAGAUCAAGUGUAGUAUCUGUUCUUAUCAGUUUAAUAUCUGAUACGUGGGCCAAUGGUCCACACGAUAUUAAAUUAAUGUUUUAUUGGGGAGGGCCAAAGCAGUAGCUUGCUACUGUGGGCCUUCGAGAGUCGCCCAAGCGUUGCACUACAGCUCGGGCCUGGCUCACCCUACCAA